CUUCAUCACAAUUAUUGCUCCAUUGUUGAACAGUAAACAUGGCUCCUGCAGUUUUAUGCUAUUGGGAUACAAGAGGGUUGGCCCAGCCCAUUAGGUUGCUGCUUGAGUACACUAAUACUGAGUUCGAGGAUAAGAUGAUUGCCUGUGGUCCUGCACCGGACUUUGAUAAGUCCGGUUGGUUUGAUUCUAAAUAUAGUCUUGGUCUAGACUUCCCUAACCUUCCCUACUACAAGGAUGAAGAUGUGAGCUUAACCCAGUCCAAUGUUAUUUUAAAAUAUAUUGCUCGUAAAAACAACCUGGAAGGAACAUCUUUAAAGGAAAAGGCUGAAGCUGAUAUGUGUGCUGAUCUAAUUAUGGAUCUCAGGAAUGGUUGGGUCAGACUCUGCUACAAUCCGAACUUUGAAUCAUUGAAGGAUGAGUACCUCGUGGGAUUGAAGGGACAGCUCCAGGCUUUUUCCACGUUCCUGGGAACCAAGAGUUGGUUGGUGGGGGAACAGAUCACUUACCCGGACUUCCACCUCUAUGAGAUGCUCAGUCAGCACAAGAUGCUCCAACCCGAUUGUCUCAAGGAGCACCCGAACCUUGAGAUGUAUUUUGCAAGGUUUGAGAAGCUACCCGCCAUAGAGAAGUACAUGAAGUCAGAUAGGUUUAUGAAAGCACCAAUUAACAACAAAAUGGCCGCAUUCGGUGCCAAGUAAUCAGCUGAAGGAAACAAAAUGGCGGACCUAUCCUAAUGAAGGA